AUGUUCGCUGUCCCAGGAUGGGCGCUCUCGAGCGAUGCGCUGAAGCCCCAGACUCAGCCUGCGAAGCCUCAGAAUGAGUCCGAGCAGAAGGAUACCAAGGCCAAUGCAAAGAACAACAAGCGCAAGCGCAGCAAUGGCGCUAUAAAUGCAAACAACGUGGACGAGAUGUAUCGCCGCCAUAUCGAAGGUGGUUCUGUGAAAGGUGGAAAGGGUGCAAAUGCCCCCGUGAAGGCAGAGCAGAAGCAAAAGCAGAAGAAGGAAAAGAAGGAGAAGCAGACAUCCGAGUCUGCACCCGAGAAGCCUGUCAGCGAAGCUCCCGCUGCCAGCGCCGAGGCAGACCAAGGCGAAGACAGGGCACCCAAGAAGAAGCAGAAGAGAAACAGGAAAAACAAGGACAAGGACGCCGAAGCCACAAAGCAGGCAGUCGGUGCUGCACCCUCAAUUGACGCAGCUCCUACUCCCGCUCCCGCUGUGCCAGCACCACCACCAGCACCAUCAAACCUGACACCUCUCCAGCAGGCGAUGCGCCAGAAGCUGAUCUCCUCCCGGUUCCGCCACCUGAACGAAGCACUUUACACCACACCGUCCGAGAAAGCACUUGACAUGUUCAAUGCCAACCCAGAGCUCUUUGAUGAGUACCACGCCGGGUUCUCAAGACAGGUGAAGGAGUCCUGGCCCUCCAACCCGGUUGACGGCUAUAUCAAGACCAUCCGUCAUCGCGGUGCUAUCCCCCUCCCUAAGCGAGGCAAGCCCCUCAACCCAGAACGGGGAUACCCGCUCCCCCGUCGCCCGAAUGGAUCAUGCACAUUUGCCGAUCUGGGCUGUGGUGAUGCUGCCCUUUCCCGUGCCCUGACUCCCUCCGCCAAGAAAUUGAACAUCAAGCUUAACAGCUAUGAUCUGCAAGCCCCUGAUGCGCUAAUUACGAAGGCUGAUAUCUCCAAUCUUCCAUUGGAGGAUGGCUCAGUGGAUGUGGCUAUCUUCUGUCUCAGUCUGAUGGGUACCAACUGGGUCUCAUUCGUCGAAGAAGCAUGGCGUGUUCUGCGCGGUGACGGUAAGGGCGAGUGCUGGGUCAGUGAAGUGAAGAGCCGAUUCGGCAAGGUGGCGCGCAAGAAGUCACAGAUCGGCGCCCAGAGACCCGGCAGCAAGGCUGACAAGAAGAAUCCCAAGAAGAAGGGCGGCAAGGAUGAUGCUGGUUCUGAUGUGGAGGAGGCGGAGAUCUUCGCUGAGGAUGCCCGCCCCUCUGACAAUAAGGAUGAGACUGAUAUCUCUGCCUUUGUGGAGGUUUUCCGCUCCCGUGGCUUCAUGCUUCGUCGGGAGUCCGUCGACAAGUCUAAUAAGAUGUUUGUGCGUAUGGUGUUUGUUAAACAGGGCGGUGCACCUACCAAGGGCAAACAUGCUUCUGCUCUGAGUGCGCCUGCGGCUCCUGGCAAGAAGCGCUUUGUUGACCGCAAGCCUGAGUCUGAGUCUGGUAUGACAGCUGAACAGGAGGCUCAGGUGCUGAAGCCUUGUGUGUAUAAGAUCCGCUAG